AUGGAUGUUGAAAAGCUGCCGCAGGAGAUGGAGGAGGUGGAAACUGUGCAUCCCGUCAACAGGCGGUCGCUCAACGAUGAACAGUUGCUCGCAGCCCUCGGCCACAAGCAGGAGCUGCAGCGGGACUUUUCAAUAUGGUCGCUCGGCUGCCUGUGUCUCUGCCUUAUGGCAACGUGGGAAGCGCUGUCGUCCGUUGUUGCCGCGGCCUUAAUCAGUGGUGGCGCACCUUGUCUCUUUUAUAACUACAUCAUCUCUUUCGUGGGUACUGUGGCGAUUGCUCUUUCGCUGGCGGAGAUCUCGAGUAUCUGGCCCACGGCAGGAGGCCAAUAUCAUUGGGUAGCUGUCCUCGCGCCACAAAAUUCGCGCGUCGUUGCAUCCUGGUUCACUGGAUGGAUCUCUGUGGGCGGUCAAAUCGUCCUCACGGCCUCCGCUGCCUUUGCCGCCGGCCUCCAAUUUCAGGCCUUGAUCACCUUGAACCACCCAGACACAUAUGUUCCACAGAGAUGGCAUGGGAUGUUGUUUUACUGGCUCGUCCUCCUCUAUGCUGCGGCCGUGAACAUCUGGGGGUCGAAGAUCCUACCGCACACGAAUCUUGCUUCCGGAAUUCUGCAUAUUGUCGGUUUUCUCGUCAUCUUCAUUGUCCUUGGGGUCAUGGCCCCCAAGCACUCUGCUGAAUAUGUAUUCGCCGAGGUCUCAAAUUCGAGUGGCUGGAGCAGCGACGGUAUUGCAUGGCUUGUCGGGCUGCUCAGUUCGGUCUAUCCAUUCCUCGGGUAUGAUGCGGCUGCACAUCUUUCCGAGGAGAUGCCCAGGCCCAGUCGCAAUGUGCCCAUCGCCAUGGUCGGUUCGGUUGUCGCCAACGGAAUCAUCGGUUUUGCUUACUGCCUGAUGCUCUUGUUCUCCCUUGGUGAUCUACCAAGUCUCCUCGAAUCACCCACCGGAUUUCCGUUCAUGCAACUCUAUCUCAACGUCACGAAGUCUCCUGCCGGAGCGACCAUUCUGUCGUUGAUAAUAUGUUUGAUCGCCACGGCUGCAAACGCCGCAGGGCUGACUUCAACGAGCCGCACAUUCUGGGCCUUUGCACGAGACGAGGCGACACCCUUUGCAAAAUACUUCGCUCAUGUCGACGCUGGGCUCAAAGUUCCGGUGCGAAUGAUCGCUCUGGUCUCGGUGCUUCAAGCUUUGUUGGGGUUCAUCUACCUUGGCAAUACCACAGCUUUCAAUGCCAUUCUAUCAAUGGCAGUUAUCGGCAUGUAUUUGUCUUACCUGUUGCCAAUCGUCUACAUGGUCAUAUACGGACGUUUGAAGCUCUCCAGAGACGAAUAUGGGCCUUUCAAGCUUGGCAAAGCCGGAGUUCUCCUCAAUAUUCUUGCAAUCGUGUGGCUCGUUUUUGCCAUGAUAUUCAGCACAUUUCCGAACUUUCAACCGGUGACCGCCCAGAACAUGAACUAUUCGACAGUAGUGCUUGCCGGUUGGGUGGGAGGAGGCGCUGUCUAUUACCUUUUCAGAGCCAGGAAUGUGUACACUGGACCUGUGAUUGAGACGGAGGCGUCGAGCUUGACUGUGAUCGGGAUGAAAUGA